AUGGUCCGCUCAAGUGUCUUCGGUCGUUUCCUGACCGGAAUGCUCCUUGCUUCUGGCGCAGCCGCUCACACCGAAGGCUGCAGCUGCUCCUCCGAUGGCAUCCAGCGCGUCACCUACAUCGUCGUCGAGAUGCCCGAACAGCCCGAACAAGCAGCCUCCUCCUCCUCCUUCACAACACCAACCACCGUCGCGACGCCAACCUCCACGGAAAGGUUCACCGCGCAAGCAGCGCACGUAAUCGAGGAUAUCCCAGCCUACGAGCGCCUCGCCGUCAAGCCCGAGACCCUCCGUCCUGCCGUAAACACAACACAUACCUUUGGCGCCUCCGCCGCUCCUGGCAUCGACACAAAGGACCCCAUCAACAUCGUUCCGGCCACGAAUGUUUCGCUCUUCUACGCGGCCACGGACACGGAGGAACAGGGCUCCAUCGACAUGAAGAUCGUGUUCAAGAACCCUGCCGUGGUCAUCGAGCACGUCGACGCCGUCAGCAACGUUGCAUGCGGAGACGAUGAGCUCACCGUCUCCUUCUCCUCUCUGGACGCCUUUGACGAGGCCGUCAAGGACUGGACCGACUCCGCAGAAGAAGGCUUCAUCCUCAUUACCAACCACAUGGGCAACUGCGACGCCGAGUUCGAACGCGGCUUCUUCCUCGCAACGGGCCUGACCUCCAGCAAGGGCGACCUCUCGAUCACAGUCGCCGCGUCAAAGGAAGAACUCACAAACAUCGCCGGCGAGUGCGAAAUGUCCUUUACCUCUCUCCCGGCCGCCACGCUCUCCAAGCGCCUCACCCUCGACCCGUCCGUCUCCCUCACCUUUGCCGAGGGCCUCGCCGAGGACACGGUGCUCUACAGCGACGGGCAGUACGUCAACAUCACGGCCGACGAGGCUUGGUUCAGCUCUAGCAUCACCUUCUCCGGCUACCUAAAGUACAACUUUUGGGGCUUCAAGCUGCAGGCCCUGUACUUUGACCUCGACACGACCUUUGACUCAGCCGUCGGCGUCUCGGUCGACGUCGCCGCGUCCUACAGCCACGCGCUCAAGUACGCCCCGGACGCGUUAUCCUACUCCCUCGUCUCCGUCCCCGGUAUCGUCGAGCUCGGUCCGGGCGUGGCGUUCGCCGUGGGCUUGGAUUUCGACGUCUCGGCUGCCGUCGGCGUCACUGCCGGACUGAGCGUGAGUCUGCCGGCGGGCAACGUCCAUCUCGAUCUUCUCCACGGGGAAAAGUCGUCGGCGAGCGGAUGGGAGCCGAAGUACAGCAGCUACGCCAACAUCACUGAGUCAGCCGACGUGCGCGUCGACGCCUCGGCGGACGUUACCGUUCAACUGGCGUUCAAGUUGCUCGGCGGGCUGGUCGAUCUCAGCUCCGGCAUCACGGCGACGCCGGGUUUCGAUAACGUCUUCAAGUUGUGCGGAGAGCAGAAUAUGGGAGUCGGCGGUAGCCCAGCCGAGGUGACGCAGGUGAGUGUUGAUGUGCCCAAAGACGGGUUGAUCUGCGCCGAGAAGAAUGGGGUCGAGUUUGCAACGGAUUUCUACUUCAACUUGACUGGGUUCGCGACUCAGUGGUGGAGCGGCGAGCUUUACAGCACCCGUGUGCCGCUUUGGGAUCUGUGUUACAGCUUUUGA